UAGCGAGGGACCAAGAUGGCGGCGCCCAGCGCUACGGCAGCUGCCGCUGCUGCCCCGGCGAACGAGGAUGGCGAUUCGGGGGGCAAGACGAAGUCGCCGGCCAUCACGCCGCAGAAGAUACGGGAGCUGAUCGAUGAGGGGAUCGCUCCGGAGGAAAGCAGCCCGGAAGGGUGAGCGGGGAGGGGAGAGGAGCAGCCCAAGCCCGACGGCCCCGUCCGCACCUAGAAACGGCCUGCGCGGCAUCCGAGGCGGCUUUCGUGCCGGAGGACCUCGCCUUCCCCUCGGGGCUGCAGGCCAGACGGCGACGGGCAAGCGGGAUCCCAGGGCUGAGGGGAAGGAAGGGGUCCGGGAUUGCACAGGAUAGAGAAACCUGGAUUUGUUCAAUGCAUUUAUACAUCCUGCCUGCUUUCCUCCAUGGUUCUCUCCUUCUUCCUCCCCAUUUUUAUCCUUGCAACAAUUCUGUGAGGCGGGGUUAAAGAUGAACCGUCCUGUGGGAAUAUUUUAUUGUUGUUGUUGUUGUUGUUAUUAUGAAUGAAUUUAUUAAUACGGUCACAGACCAGCGUCAACACACUAUCACAGAUCAUUAAAAAAAAUAUAUCAGAAAUACAGAGGACAAUAUAAAUAUAACAAGGAUUUAAAUAUAAAAAAUUAAAGUUAAUUAUUAGCGUGCCCCCUAUAAUUAACAUUUGGGGGUUUGGUCAUUAUGGGAUACCACUUGCUUCCUGCGAUUAAUUGCAGACGCACAGAAUUUGGCUACAUUUAAUGUAGUCUUGGGAUUCUUGUCCUCUAACAGUAAUUUUAAACUAUGGUGUUCCGAUUCUUUCCUGGACUUUUGCAAAACAGGUGUAAUAAAGGUCAAACGUAUAUCCUCAUAAAAACGACAACAUAAUAGUACAUGUGAAGCAGUUUCAACUUCCAACGAGCCACAAGGGCAGACCCGUGCUGUGUAUGGUUUACCCUCAAAUCUGCCCGUUGUUAUUAUUAUUAUUAUUAUUAUUAUUUAUACCCCGCCCAUCUGGCUGGGUUUCCCCAGCCACUCUGGGCGGCUUCCAACAGAAUAUUAAACUACAAUAACCUAUUAAACAUUAAAAGCUUCCCUAAACAAGGCUGCCUUCAGAUCAUAGCUGUCAACCUUCCCUUUUUUUGCGGGAAAUUCCCUUAUUCCAGCACCGUUUCCCACUGCUUCCCGCUGCUAUCCUGGACUGUUAUAUAUCCCGUAGACUGUUCCCGGGACAGGUGAGGCUGCUGAUCCCUUAUUUUCAAAUCUGAAAGUUGACAGCUAUGCUUCAGAUGUCUUCUAAAAGUCUGGUAGUUGUUGUCCUCUUUGACAUCUGGUGGGAGGGCGUUCCACAGGCGCCACCACCAAAAAGCCCCUCUGCCUGGUUCCCUGUAACUUGGCUUCUCACAGUGAGGGAACCGCCAGAAGGCCCUCAGCACUGGACUUCACUGGGAAGAACUACCCCCCUUGAUCAAAGGGAAAACAGGAACAUCCUGGGCAUUAUUCUGUUUCCAGCUGCUAGCUUAGGGGAUGCCCACAGAGCAGGGCAGGUGUCCCCCGUUUUCUGCUCCCAGGACAGCUGUGGACUUAACAUGUGGAUGAUAAUGCUUUAGUUUGUAUCGGGUGGGGAACCUUUUUCAGCCUGAGGGCAGCAUUCCCUUCUAGGCCAGGUGUGCUGGCGUGGAUGCUUGUUCCAGCAGUUGUCACCAAAGCAGCAGCUGCCUGUAAAAAGCAGUGUUACAAGCUGCUACAAUGCUACCCUACCUCAGUUCCCAACUGCUUCCGACUUCUGCUCAUGCUAAUAUAUUGUCAUAAGUGUGAGGAAAUAAAUGGGAAUAAUUUUUUAUUUUUUAAAAAACCCUGUGCGUGACCAUGUUAAUCGUGUGCCAUUUGGUAUGUUUGUAUGGAAAUUGAAAGAUAUUCUGAGUACUGACUGUGAAGAUUGAAUGGUUUUAACACAUUUGAUCCUGUGCUUUGCACUGUCAUUGAGGUACAGUGGUACCUUGGUUUGCAUACGUCUUGGUCUGCACACGUUUUGGAUAACAAACAUGUGAAACCCGGAAGUGCGUGCCCAGGUUUGCAAACUUCUUUUGGAUUACAACCCUUUUUUUAUUAUUAUUACGAACAAACUUUUUUGGGAGGCCGCAUUGGCGAAAGUGCGCCUUGGGUUACAAUCUGUUUUGGUUUACAAACAGACCUCCGGAACGGAUUAUGGUUGUAAACCAAGGUACCACUGUAUAUUGGUUCAGUGGGCCAAGAUUGCUGAUCUUCAACUGUUCAAUUGUCGAAGCUUUAUUUUGGUCUGGGUGGAGACAUAUUUGAGCUGAUGAAAGACAGGAGUGAAAUCGGUUCUUGCUGCUACCAUGAACAGAAAAUUGUCUUACUUUAUUACCUCUUCCCUACAUUUCAGAAAGGAUUCGUCUGCUUUCCCUGAAGUAGCAAAUGGAUCUCCCCAGAUUGACGAGCUGCCUUUUGAGGCCACCAGUAAAGAAGCCUACUUCAGCAGAGUGGAAACAUUUACCAUAUCCUUUUCCCCUUGUUUCUGAGACAACUAUAUCGAGCAACUCCCCAGUAGUCAAGAGCAAUAUCAGCCACUGGGAAUUUCCCCAUUUUGUAAUUUGGAAACUGCCAAAUAGUGGGGAUUCAUAACAAGUCAAAAUUGGGCAUGUUCUGUAGGUCAGGUGAGUGAAGGUCUAAGUGAGAAGACAGUUCAGCAGUAGGGUGAGAAUUGGGCUCAGAAAGGCAGAGGCUGGAAAACAUACUGUAUUUUUCGCUCUAUAAGACGCACCAGACCACAAGACGCACCUAGUUUUUGGAGGAGGAAAACAAGAAAAAAAAUAUUCUGAAUCUCAGAAGCCAGAACAGCAAGAGGGAUCGCUGCGCAGUGAAAGCAGCAAUCCCUCUUGCUGUUCUGGCUUCUGGAAUAGCUGCGCAGCCUGCAUUCGCUCCAUAAGGCGCACACACAUUUCCCCUUACUUUUCAGGAGGGAAAAAGUGAGUCUUAUAGAGCAAAAAAUACGGUACUUCUAAUGGGGAAGUUCUGGCAUUUCAUACUCAUAGAUGGAACUGGGACUGGUCCCACCUGAAAAAAAUAGCUUAUGUAGAUUGGUUCUUCUGACUUGCAGACAAUUUUAUUUAUUUUAUUUUAUUUAUCCCCCGCUAAGACCGGGCUCAGGGCGGCUAACAUCAGGUAUAAAAACAAUUGAUUAAAAUACAACUUAAAAACAAGAUUAAAAUACUGUUUAAAAUGCAGCCUCAUUUCAGUGGAAGCCCAGAUCAAAAACUGUUUGCUGGGAGAAAACGUCAAAUCUUCACCAAGGCCAACUAUCCAGACUGGUCCUACGUGGGCCAGAAAAGCCAGGGAAGUCCCCAAAUAGGGGUUCCAUCACAGAAGGAAAAGGACCUGGAGGUGCUUUAGACAGCUGAGAAAGUUGGACAAAGUUUUAAAUUCCAUGGUAGGCCCUCGGAAGAGGAAACCUUUAUCCUAAGCAUAAGAAGUUGAGCUCCUUAACGCAAGCACUCCCUUAAGUGGGCAGGCAAACCCCACGAGUUGUCUCCUCUGAUUUGUGCCAAGUAUGGAUGGACCAAUAUCGAGUGCGAUAUGUUGAAGUGUGCCAGCUGCCAGGCCUACCUCUGUGCCAGUCUACAGCUGGCUUUCGACUUCAGCAAGUGUAAGUGCCUUAGAGCCUCAAAUCCUGACAGGGCCCAGUCUGUUAAAAUCCAAAGGCAACCCUAUGUAACAAUUUGCACAAUCUGUGAUUUUCUUGGGCAACUGUGGAAUGUGGACAGCUGUGAAAAAAGGCAAAUUCAAUGCUAGAGAUCAUUAGGAAAUGAAUUCCGGGGAGGGGCACACAUUGCUUCCAUGAUGAGGGACUGGAAUGCUUCUUAAUACCAGUUGCUGGAAACUGCAUGAAAAGUCUCCUACCAGCAUCUCAUUGGCUGCUCUUAGAACAUGACGCUGGAUUAGAUGCACCAUCAACCUGAUCCAUUGUGUUCUUCUUAUGUUUAAGAACUCCCAUCAGUCUUAAACAGCAUGGUCAAUGAUCAGAGAUGAUUGGAGCUAUAGUGCAACAACAUCUGGAAGUCCAAAGGUUCCCAGUCUGUGAUUUAUAGCAUUUUCUUUACCCCUGCGCCUCUCAUUUUGCUCCGCCCUGUUGGAAUGGCUUCAGCUAGGUGAUAGUUGCGAUCCCUAGUGAGUUCAUGAUGUGGGCAAGAUUUGAAUUAGAGGACUUCCCAGCCACCACUGUGCACCAGUUCCUGUUUGUCCCUAGCAAUUAAUAAUAAUAAUAAUAAAUUUUUAUUCAUACCCCGCCCUUCCCUGUUCAGAAAACCGGGCUCAGGGCGGCUAGCAACAGAUUUAAAACACUUAAUUGAUGCAACAAAAAAGAGCAUAAAAUACAGUAUAAAACGUGAAUAACAAUAAAUUCAGAAUCCAAAAAUCAAUUUAGGGGGGGAAAUCCAUCCAAUAAACAUUAGAUGAUCACCAGGGCUAGCUGGCUAAAUUAGUCCUAUUUGGGCUAGCAAGGAGACCAGGGGAGAAUUAGCUGUGGGAUCCCAGAGUGGGUAAUCUUCAUAAAAAGAGGAGGGGGAGGGAAGGGAUUAGUCUGGAAGCACCUGCUGUUGUGGCAAUGAUGGCACUCAGUGAGUAUGGACUUGGUCAACCCCUCAGAGAGAGUCCCAUGUAAGAGCAGGUUAUCAGCAUAAAAAGCAUUUGAACGAAACACUUGAGUUUGCCUGAUGUGAGCUGCCGUCUGAAACAGUUGGGGAGGUGUCAGGUUCGGGACAGCUAUUGAAUGGGCGUGGUUACUUUAAUAAUAAUGAUAAUAAGAAAUUAUUUAUAUCCCGCCCUCCCCAGCUGAAGCCGGGUUCAGAGCGGUUAACAACAGUAAAAUGAUAAAACAUUCUAAAAUCAUUUCAUUAUAAAAUUAAUUCAACUCAAAUUGAUGGCAACCGUUAGGCUAAAGUUCUAUGUGGAUUACAGAAGGAGGGGGUCAGACUGAGUCCAGACCAAAGGCCUGGUGGAACAGCUCUGUCUUGCAGGCCCUGCGGAAAGAUGUCAAGUCCCACAGGGCCCUAGUCUCUUGUGACAGGGCGUUCCACCAGAUUGGGACCACGGCGAAAAAGCCCUGGCUCUAGUUGAGGCCAGCCUAACCUCUCUGUGGCCUGGGACUUUCAGCAUGUUUUUAUUUGAAGACCGUAAGUUCCUCUGUGGGUCAUACCAGGAGAGGCGGUCCCGUAGGUACAAGGGUCCUAGGCCGUAUAGGGCUUUAAAGGUUAAAACCAGCACCUUAAUCCUGAUCCUGUACUCCACCAGGAGCCAGUGCAGCUGGUAUAGCACCGGGUGAAUGUGAUCUCGCAGCGAAGCACCCAGUAAGGAGUCUCGCCGCUGCAUUCUGCACCUGCUGGAGUUUCUGGGUCAGUCUCAAGGGCAGCCCCACGUAGAGCGAGUUACAAUAAUCCAGUCUGCAGGUGACCGUCGCGUGGAUCACAGUGGCUAGGUCAGGGCGAGAGAGAUAAGGGGCCAACUGCUUAGCUUGGCGGAGAUGAAAAAAUGCCGCCUUUGUUAUAGCUGCAAUCUGCGCCUCCAUGGAAAGGGAGGUGUCGAAGAUUAUACCCAAACUCUUAACGGACGGUGCUGGCACUAAUUGGGCCCCCGCAAGAGAUGGGAGUUGCCCCCCCAAUCCCAUAUUGUCCCGACCCAGCCAGAGGACCUCUGUCUUCAAAGGAUUUAAUUUCAACCGGCUCCCACGUAACCAUCCAGCCACAGCUUCCAGACAUCUGGUCAGUGUGUCUGGGGCCGAGUCAGGAUGGCCAUCCAUCAACAGAUAGAGUUGGGUGUCGUCAGCAUAUUGAUGGCAGCCCAGCCCCAAACUCCGGACAAGCUGGGCGAGGGGGCGCAUAAAGAUGUUGAAAAGCAUCGGGGAGAGUAUCGCACCCUGAGGCACUCCACACACCAAGGUGUGGCGCGAUGACAAUUCCCCCCCAAGCGCCACCCUCUGUCCCUGACCUUUGUCACUUAACCGGUUUGAAAGGAUUUUUCAAAGUGGCUCCUUUCCUCGGGAGACCUGGCAUUCAGGAGGUAUGUUUGCUUUCCAGACAAAGAGAGGUGCGUGGAGCUGAGGAAGGCUUUGUCAGCAGCUCACGAGAAGUUCUGCUUCUGGCCUGACAGCCCCUGCCCAGGUAAGCAGUGAGACGCUUUGCUGAUGGUGAGAAAAAGGAGCGAGAUCCUGCCAACAGGCGAAAACGUGUUUAUUCUCCCAGGCAUUUAGGCCAUCAAUAAUGGUCUGCAUUUGGGUGAAUGCUUUUUGGUGUUCUGUCUUAAGCUGGUAAAGGUAAAGGGACCCCUGACCAUUAGGUCCAGUUGUGGCCGACUCUGGGGUUGCGGCGCUCAUUUUGCUUUACAGGCCAAGGGAGCCAGCGUUUAUCCGCAGACAGCUUCCAGGUCAUGUGGCCAGCAUGACUAAGCCGCUUCUGGCGAACCAGAGCAGAGCACGGAAAUGCUGUUUACCUUCCCACUGGAGCAGUACCUAUUUAUCUACUUGCACUUUGACGUGCUUUUGAACUGCUAGGUUGGCAGGAGCAGGGACCGAGCAACGGGAGCUCACCCCGUCACAGGGAUUCGAACCGCCAACCUUCUGAUUGGCAAGUCCUAGGCUCUGUGGUUUAACCCACAGCGGCUCCCGCGUCCCCUUAAGCUGGUAGUUUGGUUAUUUUAUCUUUUGGGGUGAUUUCUGUGGAUGAACACUUUAGUGUGUACGUGUGUGUAUGUGUGUGUGUGUGCAAGCGUGCAAUGUUUUAAAGGAUCUUUUAUUGUACACCAUUUUGUGCUGGGGUUCUGUUCCUGGGCCCCAGUGUGCAUUGGUGGGGCACAUAUAAACCCACCCCUGUUCUGCCCUCUUCCGGGUCCAAACGGACCCGUGCAUCAGCAGUUGUGUGACAAUUGGGACACACGCAAAAUAGUCUCUGCCUGUCAAUUGCCCUUGUCGAUCGCUUUGUGGUUUCUUUUUUUCUCUCCAAUUUUUUAAAAUUAAUUUUUCCACAAUUAUAACACUUAUAACCUAACAAAAAACAAAAACAGAAAAGAAAGAAAAAACAUACCAAAGGAAAAACCAGUACAGUACAUUACAAGAGAAACAUAACCAGAACCACAACAUAAAAAAAGAAAAGAAAAAUAAUCUUAAUCCCUUAAAACCCAACCUUGUUUACAUAUUAAUUGACUUUCUCUACUCCCUCCCUUCUGAGUUUCCUUGUAUUUAAAUGUAACAGCUUUCCAAUAUCAUUAUUAAACAACAAUAUUCCAAUUAUAAUCAAAUUUAUUCACUUUUCUUACUGUUCUAAGUCCCAUUUAUUUAAUUAGAUCCUAAUUUAAUCCUAGGCCUAUUUGGUACUUUCAAGUCAUUUCUAAUUUUUUAUAUUGCAAUAUUUAUUCAAAUAGUCCUUACAUUUCCUCCAAUCUUCUUGAUAUUCCUCUUCUCUCUGGUCACGGAUUCUUCCAGUCAGGUCAGCUAGCUCGGAAAAGCCCAUCAUCUUCAUCUGCCAAUCUUCCACUGUUGGUAAUUCUUGUGUUUUCCAAUUUUUGGCUAGUGAAAUUCGAGCAGCCGUUGUGGCAUACAAAAAUAAUUUAACAUCUUUCUUGAGCAGUUCCAAACCUGUUAUUCCAAGAAGAAAGGCCUCUGGUUUCUUAACAAAUGUAUAUUUCAACAUUUUUUUCAGUUCAUUAUAAAUCUUCUCCCAGAAGUCCACCACACGCUUUGUGAUUUCUUCUGGCUGUGUAAAGUCAUGCAUAAAUUUAGGGGUGGGGGACCUCAGGCCUCGUGGCAGAAUGUGGCCCUCUAUGCCUCUCUAUUUGGCCCUUGGGACUUCUCCCCAAGCCACACCUCUCUCCCAUCCUUGCUCCACCCCUUCCUCAAGUGUAUUUUGCCUAAUUGGAAGGUAAGGUUGUUUUUUUUUAAUGAUAUUCAUUGAAAUUUUUUUUAAAAAAAUUACACAAAAAAAGACAAGACAGAAAAAUAAAAAAUAAAACCAUCAUUCUCAAAUUCUCCACUUUCAAUACCUUCUUUCUUUGACCUCCUCCUCCUCCCUUUUCUUGUAUCCUGAUUAAUAAUAAUCGCAGCAAAUCCUUUCCAUAAUUCAUAGUAUUCUGUCAUUACAUUACCUUAAUCUAUUUUCAUCUUAUCUUAUAGAAAACCUUAAAGUUUACAACUUAAAUCUUAUUUUUACCAACUUCUCCUAGCCAUAACAUUCUUACCAAAUUCUUUAGACAUUUUUACAAGAGCCAAGUAAUUUCAUUUCAACAUUUUUCUAGCAUUCAUCAAUUUUAUAGAACAAUCCUAAUGAUAAAAAAAAAGAAAUAAACAAUCCAAUCUUCAUCCAGCAUCCCUUCCUCCUGGUCCCGGGUUUUGUCAGUCCUUUUUAUCCUAUUAAUCUAGCACAUUAACCUGGUAAUCUUAUAUCCGAGGCCCUCAAGUCUCUUCCAUGUCCCUUCCGCAGCUCUUCUUCAUAUUUUCCUUUCAUUCGUGGGAACUCCAGCUUGGUAAUAUUUUUGACCCUUUUCAACAAAUCAGCCCCUUUUCCAUAGUCCAGACUAGACUCCAUGUGGUAUUUAAAAACAUGUUUCAGAUUCCCUCCAAAAUUGAGAGCCCCCACAGCUCCAAACAUCUGACGGCCCAUUGCCAGACUCGAAAAGUCCAAAUCUCCCUGUAUGGGGGGGGGGGGUCUGUCCAACCCCCCAUUUCCAAACCAAACCAAACUUUAUCUUUCCAAGUCUGGUUUUUUCCAAGUUCAUUUGUCAAAUCCAAAAAUUUAUGUUCCUGCUGGGCCGCAGCUCCCUCCGUCUCUGGCGCCCAAGAUUCAACAGCAUCCUCUUCUCUCAGCUGUUCUGUCAUGGCACACUCCUGUUUUAACUCCUGGGUGGGCUCCAUAUAAUUUCCCACUACCUGUUCAAAGGUUCUGGCCGCAUUAUUCAUCAAAUCCGUCUUCUGGCUUAACUGAUCCAAUAGGGCAUUUAUUUUGCAGAGAGCACCCAACAGUGCUUCUGAAGACAUUGUCCUGCAAGGUCACAAAUCCUUUCCCACGGUUGUAAUCUGUGGCAGCUGCAAGCUCCCAGGAAUUAGUUACAAUUUCACAGUCCCCCUCUAGGGGGAAAUCUUCUGGUUGUUCUUUCUUUUAAAAACAAUAGCAACAAAGUUUCUUUUUUAAGGUAUUUUGUCCAUAUUUGUUCUUUUUAAAAUGCGAAAGGAAACAAUGGAAUCACUAUGUUUCUCUUCUUUUAACUAUCUGUCAAAGACAUUUGUUUCUGGUCAAUGAGCUUCAAACGUCAAUUCUGACACCCCGCUCCAGGAUCAGGACGGUGGAAAAUUACUUUGCUUUAAACUCACUUCUGCAGGUUUAAACAGCCCAAAAAAGAUCCCCCUUCUUCUCCUGCUGCCGAAGGGGGGUUCAGCGAUUUUAAAUGAUGAAAGCCAAUCCUUUGAAAGUGAUUUUUAAAGCUCUAGUUUACGUUGUCUUUGCUUUAUUCUGGCUACAAGGAAACGGAAGGCUGACUUCCUGUUUAGACCUUCCCGUUUCAGUACCAAAUUAAGGUAAAUUUUUAAGUCCAAAUUCCUUUCUAUUUCGCCAGUUCUUAUUUAAAGUCCAAAUGUUCAAUGUUCCAGUACUCACGGGUGGUUAUUUUAGAUGCCAAAUUGUCCCAGGAAAAGGCAGCGCUCUCCGGCAACGGCUAUGCGGCUUCGCUCCGCAGAAAAGCAAUUGACUCACAGCACCGCGCCACUUCCCCCUCUUCGCUUCGGAGCCCGUUAGUGGGUUCCUUUGCGGGUUGGGGGGGCGCUAAGGGUGCCCGCCGAGUCCCACGGUCACAGGCUUCAUCCGCCUGUGAUUUCCAGAAGGGUCCCCGCUUCGCCGUAGCGGAAAAGACCCGUUUCAUGCGGAGCUAGUCCCUCCAAUUCAGAGGGAGUCCGCCAUUGCCGGUGGCGCCACCCCGGAAGUCCUUGGACGGUAAGUUUUGUGUGUGUGUGUGUGUGUGUAGGAGUGGUGCAGGAAAAACAACUUGCUCCUUAACUUAAAGAAAACAAAAGAGAUCAUUGUGGACUUUAGGAAAUGUAAAUUGAACAUUCAGCCACUUAUUAUUGAGGGGAAGUGCAUGGAACAGGUCUUGGUGUUUUGAUUCCUGGCAAUGGAGUUUAGAGAUGCCCUAACCUGGGGAGAAAACAGCAAAGACCUGAUGAAGAGAGCACAGCAGAGGUUAUAUUUCCUGAGAAUCCUCCGGAAAAAUAAUCUUUCAAAGGACCUGUUGAUGGCAUUUUACCAUUGUACCGUGCAGAGUGUAUUAACUUAUGGUCUGUGUGUGUGGUUUGGGAGCUGCACAGCCAGGGAAAAAACAACGCUGUCCAGGGCUGUAAAGACUGCGGAGAGAAUAAUUGGGUGCCCUCUUCCCACCUUGGAUCAAAUCUAUGCUUCCAGGUGCCAUAAGAAAGCGGCAGAGAUAGCGCAGGAUAUUGAGCACCCCAGAAAUGAUCUCUUUCAGCUUCUGCCUUCUGGAAGAAGGUAUAGAGAGAAACUGAGAAACAGUUUCUACGCAAAUGCAAUUCUGGUUCUAAACGCAGCAUAAGGGGUCUCUAUAGUAUAGUGUAUUUUAAAAUGGGGUUUCAGAGUUUUUAGGGGGGGUUGAAUGUUUUAUGGAGUUUUGUAGUAGUUUUAAGUAGUUUUACGUAGUUUUUCAAUUUCAUUGUUCUGCAUGGGACAAUGACAAUAAAGAUAUCGUAUAUUGUAUAUGGUAUCUUAUAUCGUGUGUGUGUGUGUGUGUGUAGAAACCUCUGGUUUUUGUAUGACUGGAAUAACCAGGUGGGUCCAGGGAAUGAUCAGUACUUCACUGGAGGAGUGGGACCUACUUUCUGCUUUCAAUGAGCAAACAAAAAUCUAAAAGCAAAGAGGUUUUUCCCAGCCCGGCUACCUGAGAUGUUUAAAUACGAGAGGCCCAGGAAUGAACUUCAGCCCUUCUGUGUGCAGAUCAGGAGCUCUGUCACUGAAGCUACAGAUAAUUGCUCAAAAGAUAGAAGUUCGUGCUGCUGCCCAGUAUUUGAAUUUGAACCUAUGCCUCUGCUUGCACAAGUUGAGGGCAAUUGCUAAUUUUGCAGAGGUGAUUGGGACACAUUAUUGUGUUCCCUGCAGGACCUGGCACUUGUGAGAAUUCUAGAUAUAAGAGAAAGUAUGUGUGGCAUCUGGGGCGUGGGUGGCGCUGUGGGUUAAACCACAGAGCCUAGGACUUACCGAUCAGAAGGUUGGUGGUUCGAAUCCCCGCGACAGGGUGAGCUCCCGUUGCUCGGUCCCUGCUCCUGUCCACCUAGCAGUUCAAAAGCACAUCAGAGUGCAAGUAGAUAAAUAGGUACUGCUCUGGCGGGAAGGUAAACGGCAUUUCCGUGCGCUGCUCUGGUUCGCCAGAAGCGGCUUCGUCAUACUGGCCACAUGACCCGGAAGCUGUACGCCGGCUCCCUCAGCCAGUAAAGCGAGAUGAGCGCCGCAACCCCAGAGUCGGUCACGACUGGACCCUGGUAAAGGUCAGGGGUCCCUUUACCUUUACCUUAUGUGUGGCAUGACUGAAAGCCUGAAAGGGAGCCAAUGGGAAAUGGCCAGAGAAGAUUUCCCCAUGGCUUUUGAGCAUGCUGGAAGAAGUCAUGAGAGGAGAAGGGUGGCGUCUGACCUGAAACUUGAUUAAAUGAGUCGCCACUGUCAAGCAUUUUUGUUGACUGCUCUGCCUGCCCCACUGUUUGUUGGCCAGCUGUUCUUCAGACUGCUGUUUCUUCUGCCUUUUGAUUAGAUCGCUUUUCUGUCUUGCUGGUCGACGAGCCCCUUGCGCUUUUCAGCGACUUCCUGGAGCGCUUUCAGAGCCUCUGCCAGUUAGAACUUCAGCUGCCCACUCUGAAAUCAGAAGAUCUCAAAAGCAUGGUAAGACUUCUCAAGUGGCCUGCGACCCUGCCAGGGGUAGUGAGCCAAGCAGAGGGGAGAGUCCAUGGGGUAAAGGACUCAAGCAUCAAUCUGAAUUUUUAAAUGAGGGACACUUGACCUAUAACUCACCAGCUGGAGGUGAUCUAACAAAAUUCAAGCUUGCAACCCUCAGACGGGGUUUUAAAAAGGAGCCAAGACGUAGCCAUGCCUUGAAUGUCUGAGCUCAGUCCAGGAAGCAUGAAUUGUUGUUGUUGUUUAGUCGUUUAGUCGUGUCUGACUCUUCGUGACCCCCUGGACCAGAGCACGCCAAGCACUCCUGUCUUCCACUGCCUCCCGCAGUUUGGUCAAACUCAUGCUGGUCUCUUCAAGAACACUGUCCCACCAUCUCGUUCUCUGUCGUCCCCCUCUCCUUGUGCCCUCCAUCUUGCCCAACAUCAGGGUCUUUUCCAAGGAGUCUUCUCAUGAGGUGGCCAAAGUCUUGGAGCCUCAGCUUCAGGAUCUGUCCUUCCAGUGAGCACUCAGGGCUGAUUUCCUUCAGAAUGGAGAGGUUUGAUCUUCUUGCAGUCCAUGGGACUCUCAAGAGUCUCCUCCAGCAUCAUAAUUCAAAAGCAUCCAUUCUUCGGCGAUCAGCCUUCUUUAUGGUCCAGCUCUCACUUCCAUACAUCACUACUGGGAAAACCAGAGCUUUUACUAUACAGACCUUUGUUGGCAAGGUGAUGUCUAUAGGGGAGCGUAACUCGUUUGGUGAGGGGGCACCAGAUUUUGCCAUCUCACAGGGCGCCACUGAAAUUUGAGGCACCAAGGUCCGCCACUGCCCUGCUGGCACACGUUCAUUGGUGAUGCUGUACGGGGCUGCUGGGAGUUGGUGGUCCGCAACAUCUGGGAGGCAGCAGGUUGGGGAAUAAUAAUAAUAAUAAUAAUAAUAAUAAUAAUAAUUCAUUAUUUAUACCCCGCCCAUCUGGCUAGGUUUCCCCAGCCACUCUGGGCGGCUUCUAACAGAAUAUUAAAAUACUAAAACCUAUUAAACAUUAAAAGCUUCCCUGAACAGGGCUGCCUUCAGAUGUCUUCUAAAAGUAUGGUAGUUUUUUUUCUCUUUGACAUCUGAUGGGAGGGCGUGCCACAGGGCGGGCGCGACUGCCGAGAAGGCCCUCUGCCUGGUUCCCUGUAACUUGGCUUCUCGCAGCGAGGGAACCGCCAGAAGGCCCUUGGCGCUGGACCUCGGUGUCUGGGCAGAACGAUGGGGGUGGAGACGCUCCUUCAGGUAUACUGGGCCGAGGCCGUUUAGGGCUUUAAAGGUCAGCACCAACACUUUGAAUUGUGCUCGGAAACGGACUGGGAGCCAAAGGCAAAUGGGGCUUCCUGUGACUCAUUGCCAAGUCAGCUGGGGCCAGGCAGGGCUCUGGGAGCGAGUCCUGAUGGAGGGAACCCAAAUUCUCGAUUCCUCGUCCCUCCCAAAGAGGUGGAGGGUGAGCUUAGAUUAUCAGAGAUCCCCACAUUGAUUUGUUGCUGUUGUUUUCUGGAUCCUGUUGUAAUUGCUUGCAAUGAAACCUUCCUGGCUUAUAUUUCCCUUCACUUACUUGAAAGCAGAGAGGCGGAACUGCAAGGCUGCUACUUCCCCAUCCCUAGGCUGAAGGGGUUAGUUAUAUCCAACGUAGUGCAAAGGAACACAUUCCAUUUGUGCAAGGAUUUCCACCUAUGCAAUGAAACUUGCACACCUACUAAAUCUGGGGGGUCGUCUAAUCCUCUGUAGCAGAUUUGGGAAGAGUGCAAGUUGCAGGCGAGUUCCAUGUGCGAAUGGAAAACCUUACACUUGGGUCUUAGAUGGGUGCCACCCAAGGUCUCAAAAUCUCAUGGAACAUUGAAAGCUGCCUUCUACCAGGUCCAACUCUUUGUUCUCCCAGCCUUGGAUUUUCCACCUGGGGGGGAGAGAGGCUGCCACUGGGGACUAAAGGAGAGUGACGUCUCUCUGACCCAACCUCUUUUCCAUGAAGGCCUGUUGGCAUUUUCUCUUCCUUCCUUUCUGGAGCUCCUGCAUGAAACUGGAGAGAUCUCUGCUCCCCAGUUCACUUUGGGAUGUGUAGUGAUCAGGUGGGAUUGCUAUGAGGAAUUAAAACAAAUAUAGAGUAAGCCAUCUGUGUCAGCAAUGAAAGCAUUGCGUUGACUGGGUUUAAACUAUUUUGAUAUGAUUCUUGAUCAAUCUACACCUCUGCAUCCCUGUUCCAUUUCUCUUUCUUCACUAGUCACGUACACAGCCCAGUUGCUUCGCCAGGCAGGCUCCUGGGCCAUAAAGGUAGUGGGCAAGUUUCUUUGAAGUAGCCUUUCUGAUAUGUUAAUCCCAGGAUGUUAAUCUUAGGGCCAGGAAACAGAUCUCAUAUGAAGGUGAUAGAUCGCUGUCCUCCUAGCCAUCCUUCUUAUCAUGUAUAUUGCUUGUUUAUCACCUCCUGGGGUUGCCAAAUGCUCUCCUUUGUAGUUCUGUUCUUUGUUUACCCCAGAAAUAUGUGUGCUUAAUUAGUUUUGGUAGUUUAACUUUUCCCCACGUGGGGUUUGUGGAAAUGCUCAGAAGAAAUCUGAUCAGUUCUUACGAACACUCUGUAAAAAGUUCUUUUGUGAAUAAAACGACCUGGGCCAGGGGCUGGAGGGACACACAGGCAGAGAUUAUUAUACGCACCCUUCCCAGAGUCUUGCUGGUUCAAGCUUCUGUGUGUAUUCUUAUUCAUCAGAGUUCAAUCCUUUACUUUGGGAACGCCUCAGGGAAGAAUGGGAGCUUUUCAGGUACAGAAUCCCAAGUUUUCUAGGUAACCAAAUGGAGAAGGCAGGCAUCUGCCUGUAGGGAGUGUGUUGACGUGGUUCCUUUGGCUUCCUAGGGCUUGACAGAAGAGAAGAUCAGCCACAUCCUGCAGCUGAUCGAGGAGGAAGCCGACUGCAAAACAGAGAGUGAGAAGACGCCAGUCAAACGUGCCUCAGACCUUCAGAUCCAUGUCCCAGCCUGCAUCUUGGCCCUCUGUGGAUGGACUAGUAGGUAUGUAGACAGAAUCAUGGAAUUGUAGAAUUGGAAGGGGACCGAGAGAGUCAACUAACCCGACCGCCUGCAGUGCAGGAAGCACAGCUAAAGAAAUGCCUAAAAUCUGUUUAAAAACCUCCGAUGAAGGGCCAUUCCAAACAGCUCUUACCACCAGAAGGUUCUCCCUGGUGUUUAGUCGGAAUCUACUGUCUUGUAAUUUGAAUCUAGCAGAAAACAAGCUUGCUCCACCUUUCACGUGACAGCCCUUCACAUAUAUGAAGAUGGCUAUCAUACCAUCUCGGAGUCUUCUCUUCUGCAGGCUAAACAUACCCAAUCGAAAGAUGUCUUUUUUUAAAAAAUUCGUCUUUAUUAAUUUAAAAUAUCAUCUUACAUAUAUAUUACAAAUAGUUACAUCAAAAUUAAACACAAAAAUAUAAUAGAAAGAAGAUAAAGGAAAUAAAAAUAAAAAGCAAAAAAGAGUUAACAAUAAGAAAUGAAUAUUGGUUAUAACAUCCUGUCUUUUCUAAUACAGUGCUACCUCGGGUUAAGUACUUAAUUCGUUCUGGAGGUCCGUUCUUAACCUGAAACUGUUCUUAACCUGAAGCACCACUUUAGCUAAUGGGGCCUCCUGCUGCUGCUGCGACGCCGGAGCGCAAUUUCUGUUCUCAUCCUGAAGCAAAGUUCUUAACCCGAGGUACUAUUUCUGGGUUAGUGGAGUCUGUAACCUGAAGCGUAUGUAACCCGAGGUACCACUGUAAAGUCUUCUGAAAGAAACUUCCAAUCAUUCUCGUUGUACUUUUCCUCUUGUCUUAAUUUUAUCGCGCAGUUUGUUUUAUAACUUUACCUGUAUAUUUAUUCCAUUUGUUUAUUAUAUACAAGUACCAUUCAGUCCUGCUAGGAUAACAUCAUUAUUACAAUAUAACCUUAUAUAUUCUUUGAAUAGUCUCCGUUCUCUGAAUUUUUUUUGAAAGAUGUCAGGCACAUUCAGACAUUCCCACGUUCCAGUCCCGUGACCCCUGCUCCUUCUGUACUAGGCAAGUUGUCCCGCAGCUGCCCUUGUCAUCACCAUCUGUCGCAGGGAUGGAGAACCUGUGGCUCUCCAGAUGUUGCUGUGCUUCCAAACAUCUGGAGGGCGCUAGCUUGGGAAAGGUGAGCCUAGAGGGACUUGGAAGCCCCAAGGCUUUGCAGAUAGGGCUAAGCUGAUGUAUUGGUAUGGAUCACAUUUCCUUUAUCCCCUGAUUUUAAUUUUUGGUAUUGAUUUUUGUGUCCUCCCUCAGCCCUUCCUCUGGAUCCGUCCAUCUCCCCUUGAUCACCUGCUGUCGCUGCAUGAGGAAGGUGGGUCUGUGGGGUUUCCACCAGAUCGAGUCGGCCAUCCCUGAGAUGGAGCCUCCCUCCAGCCUCACCAGCACUCCUCUCCCUUUUUCGGACGGGCGCACGGACAGAGUCCCCGCGGUGCCCACGUCCCCACGACGGAUGAUGACCCGUAGCCGGGACACGAGCUUCCCUCUCGGCUUUGAACAGGUCAGUCUUGUGGGGGGGGCAAGUUACAGGUCUAAGCUGGAAGGGGCUUCCUUUCACAUUGGGGCAGGGGCUCCUCUUUCAGAUCCCUGCCCUGCUUGCAUUUGAACCACCCGCAAAAAUCCUUAUUUGCCUUCUUGGGCUCUGUUUAGAUUUUCUGGAUCUCCUCCUGAGACUUUUAGAGUGUAAUAAGGGACGCUGGUGGCGCUGUGGGUUAAACCACAGAGCCUAGGGCUUGCCGAUCAGAAGGUCGGCGGUUCGAAUCCCCGCGACGGGGUGAGCUCCCGUUGCUCGGUCCCAGCUCCUGCCAACCUAGCAGUUCAAAAGCACAAAGUGCAAGUAGAUAAAUAGGUACCGCUCCGGCGGGAAGGUAAACGGCGUUUCCGUGUGCUGCUGUAGUUCGCCAGAAGUGGCUUAGUCGUGCUGGCCACAUGACCUGGAAGCUGUACGCCGGCUCCCUCGGCCAAUAAACCAAGAUGAGUGCCGCAACCACAGAGUUGGUCACGACUGGACCUAAUGGUCAGGGGUCCCUUUACCUUUACCUAAGAUGCCAUAAGAAAGCUGCAGAGAUAGCACAGGAUAGCGCGCACCCCGGAAAUGAUCUCUUUCAGCUUCUGCCGUCUGGAAGAAGGUCCAGGGUUAUAAAGACUAGGACUAGCCGCCUGAGAAACAGUUUCUAUUCAAAUGUGAUUUUGGUUUUAAACGCAGUGUAAGGUAGUUUCUAUGGGAGUAUAUUGUAUUAAUUAUGGGGUAUUAGAGUUUUUAGGGGGCUAACCAGGCUGGGAUAGCUGGGACAGCAGGCUUGUUGGGUUUCGAAUGUCUGAUGUAGAUUUUUUCAAUUUCGUUGUUCUAUAUGGGACAAUGACAAUAAAGAUUAUCGUAUCGUAAGGGUAUGUUUCCCCUAUCGUAGAGUUGGAAGGCACUACAGUGGUACCUUGCUUUACAACCAUAAUCCGUUCUGGAGGUCCGUUUGUAAACCAAAACAGAUUGUAACCCAAGGCGUGCUUUCGCCAAUGGGACCUCCAAAAAAAGUUGUUUGUAAUCCCCCCCAAAAUGGGUUGUAAUUAAAAAAAAAAGGUUGCAAACUGGGACACGCACUUCCGGGUUUGAUGUGUUUGUAAUCCAAAACGAAUGCAAACCAAGACGUACACAAACCAAGGUACCGCUGUACAAGGGUUGUCCAGUUGAACCCACUGCCAUGCAAGAAGCACAGCUGAAAAAUUCCUAACAGAUGGCCAUCUGGCCUCUGUUUAAAUACCUCCAAUGAAGGAGAGUCCGCUACCUUUAACAAAAGAAUGCUGCAUGCUAAAGUAACCCAUAAAGGAAAUCUGUGAUCCAUAUAAAUUAGGCAAGGUGGGAAUAUUCUGGCAGUAUGGGCUUAUUUCUACUGCUCUCAUCUUUUCAUUUCCCUUACUGCAAAUCUACUGACCCUUUGUCUUUUUUAACUUGGUCUUCGUCUGUUGUCUCUGUCUUCGUUGUCUCUGUCUUCAUCUCUGUCUUCAUUGUCUCUGUCUUCAUCUCUCUCUGUUAUUCACUGCCUCUGUGUAGGAGUGGGAUGGAGGGAGAAUAGUUCCUGCCCCUCUGGGACCCCUUCUGAGUCCCACUCCUUGCUUUAAUGCAGGGGGAGGGCACACCCAGCUAAUCCCUCCUUCCCUUUCGCAGCACGAGAAGAGCCCGUCCCCCGUGAUCAGCCGCAUGCGCAGCUGGGACAGCUCCAGCUCCAGCGAACGAGCCGAGGCAGAAGCAGCGAGCCCCACCACCCGCAGCCGUCCCGUCACCCGCAGCAUGGGGCAAAGCGAUGGCAGCCUGGGGGCAGAGGUCUCCUGCAGCCCUCACCGGAGGACCAAGCGGGCACGACUGUGCUCCACAAGCAGCUCGGUGAGUGCUUGGCAGGGGGAAUGGAGAAGGAGGAGGAAUAAUAAUAAGCCAACCCUUCAAAGAGACAGAAGAUUUUAGGAAGGAGAAAACAUAAACUAGAACAGGGGUCAGCAAACUUUUUCAGCAGGGGGCCGGUCCACUGUCCCUCAGACCUUGUGGGGGGCCGGACUACAGUGUUGACGGAAGUCAAAAAUAUUGUAUAAGAUGUGAAGAUAUGUUGUAUGACUGUUGGAACUGAUAUGUUAAAAAAUUAAUAAAAAUGUAUAUAUAAAAAAUAAUAAUAAUAAAUUCCCAACUCCUCUGUCUCUCUCAGGAUUCAUCUAUCCGGAGCUUCUUUGACCCCAUUUCCCAGCACCGCGACUGGUGCCCGUGGGUCAACGUGAUGAAGGAUCCUGUGAGCUCUGGAGGGACCCAACAGGAGGAGAAGGAAGACCUCGGCUGGCAGGUCACCCUGAAGGCCCUCCUGGCUUCUAGGCUGUCCGACCGGCCUGUGGAUGUGGAGUCAGAGGUGAGAACCUGCCGCCCAGUGCCCGUGGCGUGCUAGGCGCUGUGCAAAACAAGGAAAGCCCUUUUCCACACAGCGUGUGGUGGAACUCCCUAACACAGGAGGCAGGGGUGGGCACAAACCUAGAUGGCUUUAUUUAUUUAUUCCCCCCCCCCCCAAUUAUUCAUUUUAUAACACAAAUAAAGAACACAAACAGGGAAAAAAAACAAUACACACAAAUUCUUGUCAUAUCCUUAUUUUUCUAACCAUUAAGUGGGCUUCCCCAAGUCCCACCUAUCUGAUUUUCAUUUUACUUCACCUUUAGCAGUUUACAUAUAUCAUAGUUUCUAACCAUCUUUUUUUAUCACACUUAAAAUAACUUCACAUUUUAUCACUUACAAAUAAUACUAUUUUAAAGUACACGAUCUACUACUUCUAACCCUACAGCCUAUAUCCACUUCCAAAGCUAUUCCAAGAUUUAAAUAUUAACAUAUUUUUUCAAAUAUUCCUUAAACUUCUUCCAAUCUUCUUCCACUGUCUCUUCUCUCUGGUCUUGGAGUCUCCCAGUCAGUUCGGCAAGUUCCAUAUAAUCCAUCAUCUUCAUCUGCCGUUCUUCUAUAGCUGGUAAAUCUUGUUUCUUCCAAUUCUUUGCUAGCAAUAUUCUCGCAGCUGUUGUGGCAUACCAAAAAAAGUAACAUCCUUUUUGGGGAUUUCACCCCCCACUAUACCAAGUAAAAAGGCUUCUGGAUUUUUAAUAAAUGUGUUUUUCAACACUUUUUUCAGUUCAUUAUAAAUCCUUUCCCAGAAGUCUUUUACCUUGGGGCAAGUCCACCACACGUGGUGAAAGGUUCCUUCUUUUUCUUUACACUUCCUGUAUUUAUUAUCAUGAGUAUGAUGCAUUUUUGCUAACUUCACUGGUGAAGCCUAGAUGGCUUUAAAAGAGGAUUCGACAAAUUUGUGGAAGGGGAGAGGGCUAUCGAUGGCUGCAGGCCAUUGGUGGCCAUUCGGUUCUUCUGAAAAGGAGUUGGUGGAAGCCAAAGGAGGGGAGAGGGUUCUGUGGGGUUUCCCACUAAAGGCAUCUCGUUGGCUCCUGUGAGAACAGGAUGCUGGACUAGAUGGUCCGCAGCCCUGUUUGUUGUUGUUUAGUCGUGUCCGACUCUUCGUGACCCCCUGGACCAGAGCACACCAGGCACUGCUGUCUUCCACUGCCUCCCGCAGUUUGGUCAAACUGUUUAGGGACGCUUUUAAUACUGGAUGAAUCAUUGUAUUUUUUAAAUAAUAAUAAUAAUGAUAAUAUUUUAUUUAUAUCCUGCCCUCCCCAGCCAAAGCUGGGCUCAGGGCGGCUAACAACAGUAAAAAUAGCACAGUUUGCAUAAAAUCACAGUCAGUUAAUUGAAAUCCAUUCUAAAAUCAAUUCUGAAUCAAAUUAAUGGCAACCAUUGGGCUAGAGUUCUAUGAGGUUUACAGAAGGAGGGGGUCAGACUGUGCCUUGGCCAAAGGCCUGGUGGAACAGCUCCGUCUUGCAGGCCCUGCGGAAAGAUGUCAAGUCCCGCACGGCCCUGGUCUCUUGGGACAGAGCGUUCCACCAGAUCGGGGCCAUGAAAAAGCCCUGGCUCUGGUUGAGGCCAGCCUAACCUCCCUGUGGCCCGGGACCUCCAAGAUGUUUUUAUUUGUGGAGCUUAAGGUCCUCCAUGGGACAUACCAGGAGAGGCGGUCCCGUAGGUACGAGGGUCCUAGGUUGCAUAGGGCUUUAAAGGUCAAAACCAGCACCUUAAACCUGACCCUGUACUCCACCGGAAGCCAGUGCAGCUGGUAUAGCAGCGGGUGAAUGUGAUCCCAUGACAAGGACCCCGUAAGGAGUCUUGCCAUGGCAUUCUGCACCCGCUGGAGUUUCUGGGUCAGUCUCAAGGGCAGCCCCACGUUGAGUGAGUUACAAUAAUCAAGUCUGGAGGUGACCGUCGCGUGGAUCACAGUGGCGAGGUCAGGGCGAGAGAGGUAAGGAGAGGUAAUAUUCUGCUGGAAGCCGCCCAGAGUGGCUGGGGAAACCCAGCCAGAUGAGCGGGGUAUAAAUAAUAAAUUAUUAUUAUUAUUAUUAUUAUUAUUAUUAGCCAGAUUUAGCAGGCUCUUUUUUUUUUAAAUGAUAUUUAUUACUUUCCAACAAUUUGAACAUACAUAGAAAAAGAAAAUAAACAAUACAAUACAAUACAAUACAAAAACAAUACCUAACACUAAACUAACAAAAACAAUUUAAACUAAAAAAACAAAACAAAAACAAUUUAAACUAAGAAAACAAAACAAAAACAAUUUAAAACACAUCACAUAAUUUCAGUCUUUCAUUCCCUUAUUUCCACGACCUCCUCACACCUCCCUUUUUGUAUUCCACUUCUAUUUGGUUGUUUCAGCAAUUCCUUUCCAUCUUCCUCUGCUUUCCAUCCUAUAGUUAUCUUAACACAUUUUAACCUUAUUUUUCCCUUUAAUUCUCUGUUAAUCUAUUUAUGCUUAAUUCCUUAUAACAUUUCUACUGAAGCCUAUGAACUUCAUUCCAACAUUUUUCUAACAUUCAUUAAUUUUACAAUAUCUCUGUAAAUAGUCUUUAAACUUUUUCCAAUCUUCUUCCACCGACUCUUCUCCCUGGUCUCGGAUUCUGCCAGUCAUUUCCGCCAAUUCCAUGUAGUCCAUCAACUCUUCUUAUGAAGUACAUUUGUGGCUGUUGGAGGUCCCAUCCUUCCUCCAACUUGGGGGCCUUUGGAGCUGUUGGACUACAACUCCCAGAAGCCCUUGCUAGCACUAGCUGGUAUGCCCAUUCCCAGUGUAAGGCACAUGUGUCUGAAUUGCUUACAAAAGGCCCUGGUGGAUCUUUUCGGCGAUCCUGUCUAACUCUCAACUUGAUGCAAGGAAUCCAAAGCAGCCCUAAAAGGCACCCCCUCCCAUUUCUCUGCUUGAUGUCAUCCAAUAGGAGACAGGAUGUUUCCCUCCCUUUGCUGGGGUUCCCCAAACAUUGGGGAAGUUCACUGAUCCCGGAUGAGCUUAUAAGGUCGUCGUCGCCCCCUAGCUAGAAUGCAUAGGAAUGCAAAUGAAAUAAAAUCAAGAGCUGCUACAGUCAUACCAGCGUCAUACCAGCGUGGAACGCUCUGUCACAAGAGACCAGGGCCCUGCGGGACCUGAUAUCUUUCCGCAAGGCCUGCAAGACAGAGUUGUUCCACCAGGCCUUUGGUCAGGGCCCAGCCUGACUCCCUCCUCUGGCAACCUGCACAGAAUUUUGCUCAACGGUUGCCAUUAAUUUGAUUUUAAUUAAUUUUUAUAAUGAAAUGUUUUUAGAAUGUUGAAUUAUUUGAUUGUUUGAUUAUUUGAUUGUUGUUAGCCGCCCUGAGCCCGGCUUCGGCUGGGGAGGGCGGGAUAUAAAUAAAAUUUAUUAUUAUUAUUAUUAUUAUUAUUAUUAUACCUCUUGUUAUGUUUGCUUCAGGUUAAAUCUUUUCAGGUUGCGUCCUGCGGUGACCCAAAAGUACUGGAAAGUGUUACUUUCGGGUUUCACCACUCGCGCAUGCGCAGACGCUCAAAAUGACAUCAGGUGCAUGCGUAGAAGCGGCAAACAAACAAGAUGAAUUUUAACAGGGAGAAAUGUAAAGUAUUGCACUUGGGCAAAAAAAAUGAGAGGCACAAAUACAAGAUGGGUGACACCUGGCUUGAGAGCAGUACAUGUGAAAAGGAUCUAGGAGUCUUGGUUGACCCCAAACUUGACAUGAGCCAACAGUGUGACGCGACAGCUAAAAAAGCCAAUGCAAUUCUGGGCUGCAUCAAUAGGAGCAUAGCAUCUAGAUCAAGGGAAGUAAUAGUGCCACUGUAUUCUGCUCUGGUCAGACCUCACCUGGAGUACUGUGUCCAAUUCUGGGCACCACAGUUCAAGAAGGACACUGACAAACUGGAACGUGUCCAGAGGAGGGCAACCAAAAUGGUCAAAGGCCUGGAAACGAUGCCUUAUGAGGAACGGCUAAGAGAGCUGGGCAUGUUUAGCCUGGAGAAGAGGAGGUUAGGGGGUGAUAUGAUAGCCAUGUUCAAAUAUAUAAAAGGAUGUCACAUAGAGGAGGGAGAAAGGUUGUUUUCUGCUGCUCCAGAGAAGCGGACACGGAGCAAUGGAUCCAAACUACAAGAAAGAAGAUUCCACCUAAACAUUAGGAAGAACUUCCUGACAGUAAGAGCUGUUCGACAGUGGAAUUUGCUGCCAAGGAGUGUGGUGGAGUCUCCUUCUUUGGAGGUCUUUAAGCAGAGGCUUGACAACCAUAUGUCAGGAGUGCUCUGAUGGUGUUUCCUGCUUGGCAGGGGGUUGGACUCGAUGGCCCUUGUGGUCUCUUCCAACUCUAUGAUUCUAUGAUUCAAAUCACGACGCGCGCAGAUGCGGGUUGCGUUCUGCUCAUGUUACGAACGGGGCUCCGGAAUGGAUCCUGUUCGCAACCAGAGGUACCACUGUAUAUGAUCAGCAUUUAUCCAUCAUUACUAGGAAUCAUAAAAUGUAAAAAAAAGAAGAAAAAGGAAUACCGUUCUCUGAAAACAGCUUCUUACAUACAGAGGUUCCUCAUGUGCUUGGGUAGUGCACUCUGUACAUUAAUUUUAUUAGUAAAUUGAUUGCGGCAUUUACAUCCCGCCUUUUCCUCCAAGGAGCUCAAAGUGGCGUGAACGGUUCUCCGCCUCUUCAUUUAAUCCCCACAACAACCCUGUGGGGUAGGUUAGGCCGAGAGGCAGGGACUGGCCCAAGGCCACCCAAUGAGCUUCAUGCCCAUGCCUUUGAUUUCUGAUGCCCAUCGUUCCAAAUUAAAUUUAUGCACUGCCCCUCAUAACCUUUUCCACCCCUGUAGAGCCCCAUCAACCUCAGGAGGGGUCAGUAUCCACCUCUUUGAGAAAUCCAGGGGACUGGUUCCAUUGUGGAACUGCUCUGACCAUUGAGUUUCUCUCGGUGUUCACCCAGAAUCUGUCCUCCUGGAACUUCAGCCCGUGAGAUCUGGUCCUUUGCCCUGUGGGGCGGCAGAGAACAAAGUCUUUGCCCUGUUCUUUCUGCAGGGAUUUGAGGAAAUGUUUCAUGUGUCCAUCCGUCCCCAACACACCUCAGCCUUCCGGUAAAAUGUACAGUGGUACCUCGGGUUAAGUACUUAAUUCGUUCCGGAGGUCCGUUCUUAACCUGAAACUGUUCUUAACCUGAAGCACCACUUUAGCUAAUGGGGCCUCCUGCUGCUGCUGCGCUGCCGGAGCACAAUUUCUGUUCUCAUCCUGAAGCAAAGUUCUUAACCUGAAGCACUAUUUCUGGGUUAGCGGAGUCUGUAACCUGAAGCGUAUGUAACUCGAGGUAACACUGUAGUCCGUUCCUACAUCCUUCCCUCCUUUGAGUUGUUCCCCACGCCCCUGCCAAUCUUUAUUAUCAUCUUCUGAACCCAUUCAAAGUUGUCUACAAGAGCAUCCGCCAACCUGAUUUUUGGACUACAACUCCCAGCUGCGCUGGUUGAGACUACCGGGAGCUAUAGUUUCUGCUUGCGAGAUGGAGCGAUUCCCCUAAACGCCCCUGCUCACCAUUUUGGGGUUCUCCUGACACACACCCCCAAGACCUAAUUUGGGGGGUAAGGGAAAGCCUCAUUGCUCCAGGGCUUUUGCUGACAGGGUUUGUUCAGGCAAAUCCCACCUGUGGAAACUACUAGUAACGCAGCCUGAAAUUGCAUUGGACAUUUUUGCCGCAGCAUCACAUUGCUGCCUCCAGAGAUAACACUACACGUUUUUGCCUGCGCUCAUGUGAAUGCUUAAGUUUGUCUCUCCUUCCUGCUACAGAACCUCUCUGUGAAAUCCCGCAAGGUGUUCCAGAUCUUCCGGCAAUGGGAAGCUCCCUGUUCCUCCUGAGAACUUCCGGCCUUUGACAGCAUUGUGGAAAGGAACCCGCUAAGCAUAAUGGAUGGAAUUCUCUCUCUGUGUGUUUGUUAUCAAUGGAAAAAGACUUAUUAUUUGCACUGGUGGCAAGGCUGUCCCGGGAAAACUUGCCUUCUCUCCAAACUUGUAAGCUGGAGUAAUCCUCAAGGGCAGCAACCGGCUAACAAUGGGAAGAAGACACGUCAAUUGUAGCCACGGGGAGCCAUUUUUUUCUAUGCCUUCUUAGGGUUUACAUGAUGGUUUCCUGAAUCCUUUGCACUGGUUCCCAACUGCCUAGGGCGAUUCUCCAUCUUAGGUGGAGCUGAAUUUCCCUGAUGUGCCCCAGGCUUGAAUUGAACUGAGAGAAGAUGGGUGAGAUGGCCCACUUUGCAUGUGGCAGAUUUGGGUACGUCUCAGCUACAGAAUUCAAUUGGUUUUGCAGUUGAGGCUCACUGCCCUCCUGCUGCAAGGGAUCCUGGGAUCUGUAGUUCUGCAAGGGGCCUAGGGCUAUCCGACCAACCAUUCUCAGCCCCUGCACAAAAACUACAACUUCCUGCCAUCUUUUUUUGGGGGGGGGGGGGAGCCAUGCUAUUUAAAUGACUUUAAAACCAAUUUAAGUUUGCAACGUCAAUGUGGCUCUCGUGUUGAGUUUUGUACCCAGGCUGAGGUCUGGAGAACUUGACAUUAAUAAAACAUUUUGCUGUCUUUUU